AAUCACUGAUUUAAGUUCUAUUUUCUGAAUUUUUGACUGAAAAUGAAGAUUGGGUUUUUUGUUUUGGACACCGUGAUAUUUGGUUAUGAGUUGAUGUUAUGUUUCUUUUAAAGUCAACUAGUCAUAUGAAGCCAAUUUUCCUUGAUUUGGAUUAGUUUGGUUGCUGAGAAACUGUAGGAAAAUACACUGAACUAAAAAAAAAAUUGAAUCUUGGGGUUUCUUGUUUUGUUAUCAUUAAUAAUUAUAUGGAAAUCUUACCAACUGUGCAUAGUACAACAAUGUAGCUCUUUUAGCUGGUCAUUCCAUUUUCUUUUUUUGGAACUGAAGCAUCAUGAAAUCAACGACAAACAAUUUGAUUUUAUUCUCAGUUCCUCAAUUUUCUCAGCAAUCACAGCUGGGGUUGGGAUUUUUUUUUCAGCUGAUUGAACUUCUAAUGACUGAAAAAAUGUGUGGUCAAAUGAUCUUGGUCUUAGUAGUGAUUGGGGUUUUGAAAAUUGGAAAUCAAAUACAGGGCAGACCAAUUCAAAUCUAGGGUGUAUAUGUUUUGAUUUUAUUGGUAUAUAACUUGUAGGUGUGCUUGUCAAAUCUUUGCCCUAUUUAGAUAGAUAAAGAACUUCAAAAAUAGAAGCAGAAAAAUAAGAAUUGGAUUUAAGAGAACAAGGAUAUUGAGAAGUAAAAUAGAUGGAUAUAAUUGAAUCUCACCACCAUGUUGUUAAAUCUCCAUUCUUACUUGUAGCUUGCUCAUUUGGAAUUUGUAUCUUGUACAUUAUUUAAUUUCCAAUUGUGUAAAAGUGUUGUGAGCUGGAUAAACGUUUAAUGUAUUUUAAGGACAACUAACUUAGUAAUGGUGACUGAUGUUUAUGUAGCAUUGCGGAUGUAUAGAACUUAGAAAUUAUAAUGCAAUUUUCCCUCCUUGAUAGAUAAACUGCAAAUUCACAAAUACUGCUCAGUAUGGUAUUGGAGUUGUAUUCCUCAAUCUUUAAACCUUGAUCGACUUCUUUCUAUGAUGGAUAAAAUGAAGGGCUAUCCCAGUGCAUGAGGCUCCCGCCAUUGCACGUCUGGGGAGGGGCCAACUGUAUGCAGCCUUACCUCCAAUGUGGAGAGGUUGUUCCUGUUUCUAACCCGUGAUCUCCGGUCAUAAUGUAGCAACCUUACCACUGCACCAAGGGCUGCCCUCUUUUAUGAUGGAUAAACCUAUGCUAAAAUUUAAGGUUCAUUCACAAAGUAAGUGGAAAAGCAUUGAUAAUUUAGUUCAAGCAGUUCGCAUUUGAGAAAUACAAUAUAGUUGAAGCAUUUAGUCACUCUACUAUUUGAUUUAGUUGCAGAUGUAUUGUGAUUGACUGAAUAAUAGAACUUAAGAAAUUAUAAUGCAAUUUUCCCUCCUUGAUAGAUAAACUGCAAAUUUACAAAUACUGCUCAGUAUGGUAUUGGAGUUGUAUUCCUCAAUCAUUAAACCUUUUUUUUUUUUGAUAAGUAUUCCUCAAUAUUGGAGUUGUAUUCCUCAAUCAUUAAACCUUUUUUUUUUUUUUGAUAAGUAUUCCUCAAUCAUUAAACCUUGAUCGACUUUUUUCUAUGAUGGAUAAAAUAAAGGACUAUCCUAGUGCAUGAGGCUCCUGCCAUUGCAGGCCUGUUUCUAAUCCGUGAUCUCCGGGUCAUAAUGUAGCAACCUUACCAUUGCACCAAGGGCCGCCCUCUUUAUGAUGGAUAAACCUAUGCUAAAAUUUAAAGUUCAUUCACAAAUUGCAGAUGUAUUGUGAUUGAUGGAAUAAUGUUCAUCUUCACUCUUGUUCCUUCCAUUCAUGAAAAUUGAAGUUUGCCUUGUUUCUACGUGACAAUAUGGGGGUUGAGAAACAAGGUUCCAAGAGUGGAGUUGGUGGCUUCUUCCAGUUGUUUGAUUGGAAUGCAAAAUCCCGAAAGAAGUUGUUCUCAAGCAAGACUGAUUUACCAGAGCAAUCGAAGCAGAAAAAGAGAACUGAUGGGAAUUUUCCAACUACACGACUUCAUCUGAUGGAUGAGGAUGAAAUUGUAGCACGAUCAAGUAUCAAAGGGAGUAGUGACUAUAGUUGUGCUUCAUCAGUAACUGAUGAGGAAGGUUGUGGAAAUAGGGGCCCAGGGGUAGUUGCCAGGCUUAUGGGAUUGGAUUCCCUGCCAAUGUCCAAUUUUGUGGAGCCUUACUCUAGCCCAUUUUUUGACUCCCAAUCUCUUCGAGAUGCUCACUUUCACAGGAGAAAUCUAGAUUUUCAACAUGAUAAUCAAAUAAUGCAUUCUAGCAUUCUGCGCAAUAAUGUGGAGGCCCCUUUUAGGGAUGCCAUGGACCCAAAGCCGCCUCAGAAGAUGAUAAACAGGCCAAUUGAGAAGUUCCAAACUGAAAUAUUGCCCCCGAAAUCUGCUAAAUCAGUUCCAGUUACGCACCACAAGCUUUUGUCUCCUAUCAAAAGCUCUGGUUUCAUUCCAUCUAAGAAUGCAGCUCAAAUAAUGGAAGCAGCUGCUAAAAUUAUUGAGCCGGGACCUCACGCUACCACCAAGGCCAAAAGGCCUUUGGUUAGUUCUUCAGUUCCCUUGAAAGUUAGAGAUUUUAAAGAGAAAGUGGAAGCUGCUCAGAAAUUAUCCAGGCUUGCUGAAACUUCUCGGAGGCCAAUUGAGUCCAAUGCUGCUAAGUAUCUUAAGGGACAAUCCAUGAAUAACAGCUGGAAUGGAUCAGUGGGUACAACAUCAUCCAAGGGUUCUUCUUAUUCAGAAAACUGUAAUACUGGUCUAAACAAUAAGGGAAAAUCCAUUUCCCUUGCUCUCCAAGCGAAAGUCAAUGUUCAGAAAAGAGAAAGCUUAAACGCAAGUCGCAGCGGAAGUUUGUUUGGCGAGAAAGAACAGAGUGAGAUCAUGUCAAGCCAGCCGUUUAAGAGCCAACCAAAUAUCCAAAAAAGUGCACAUAAGAAACCUUCUACACAUGUUGCAUCCACUGUGCUCAAGCAGAACAAUCAGAAACAAAAUUGCAUGAUGGAUAGAGAAAAGUUGCCUUCAAAACCCAUGGUUUCUAGUUCACGAAGUAGAAAAUCACCGUCCGGGGAUUCUUCUGUUGGUCGGCAUAAAAGUUCCAGUAAAAUUCUGGGUAACUCGAAAGUUGGUUCCAGGUUGGGUUCAAUAGCAGCAGAUUAUAAAAAAGAGGUCCCAUAUUCUGGUACGAAAAAUGUCAGUCGGAAGAAACGGUCUAUAGAUGGGAAUUUUCACUUUGAGAAAAAUCAGGAGGUUGAUAACAUGUUGAUUUGUAAAAAUGGGAAGCCAAAUGAAUCUAAUUCAUUGAUAGAUGGACACUUUAGUUGGGCUGAAGAUAGCAACCGUAAAGGCAUGGAUGUUGUUUCUUUUACAUUCACAGCUCCAAUGACAAGAUUGACACCUGGUUUUGAGACCUCUAGACAGGUGAAAGAGAAAAACGAUGGCUUUAGUGCUGAUUAUCGAGGUGAAAAGGUGCUGCACAACUCAGAUAGUACAAACAGAACAAAGUUAUCACUAGGAGGUGAUGCUUUAAGCAUUCUUUUGGAGCAAAAGCUGAGGGAAUUAACUCAUGCAGUUGAAUCUUCCAGCUCCAAAGCUGAAACGGCUGGUAGUUCUUCUUCAAUUUUUCAGGAUAUGGUACCUGCUUUUAAAGCAGUAAAUUCAACAUCAAUGUUGUAUGAUGAAAGGAGCCAAGAAGGGAUGCAUGCAGAUAAAUUGGGUUGCCAAUAUGGGCCUGACUUUUUUUCAACUGCUCCUCAGAGACUCAUAACCAAAAAUAAGCUCCAGGGAAUGGAAGAAAUGGAUGAGUGUAGCAGUAAUUAUGCUGAAUCUAGAAAGUUACUUGACUAUCGACAUCCUAGUCCAAUCUCUGUUCUUGAACCUUCUUCCUUGUCAGAAAGUUGCAACUCCACAGAUAGCACAGACAGUAACAGCACAGAAGGUAUCAAGCAGUGUUCAUCUGUUCAAGCUCAGGAAGUGCUUGGUAUGGGUUCUUCAAAGAAGAUAUAUUUGGUGGAAGCUGAUGCAGAGUUAUCAGAUUCCGCUUCUUCCAGAUCUGGCAGAGCUGUGGCUAGAAUGCAUAUAACUACUACUUUAUCUGUGACAGAUUCUGUUGGAUCAACCAGUUGGGAACUAAAAUAUGUGAAGGAGAUACUGUGUAAUGUGGAGUUGAUGUUCAAGGAUUUUGCAUUGGGUCGAACCUCUGAGAUCAUAAAUCCUCAUCUAUUUGAUCAGCUGGAGACUCGAAAAGGAGUGUCGGAAAGUCAUGGAGAUAAGCCUAAGCUAAAGCCAAAGCUUUUAUUUGAUUGUGUGAGUGAAUGCAUAGACUUAAGAUGCAGAAGGUAUGCUGAUGGGGGAUGCAGAACAUGGGCAAAAGGGCUGUCGGUGGUGAGAAGAAAGGAGCGGCUAGCAGAAGAAAUAUACAAGGAGAUUUCAGGGUGGAGUGACAUGGCAGACUUUAUGGUAGAUGAGCUCGCAGACAAAGACAUGAGCACCCAAUAUGGGAAAUGGCUCGACUUUGAAGUCGAAGAAUUCGAACUGGGAGUAGAGAUUGAGAAACGGAUUCUUAAUUCUUUGGUUGAUGAAAUGAUUGCUGAUCUCUUACCCCUUUAAUUCCUUGAGCAUAAUUUUUUCUGUAAGUUAGUAUCCACAUCCGUUUGCUCCUCCGGAAAAUGUAUUUUUUGGAUAUAUAAUUUUAUUUUUUUCCAAUUGUUGCUUAAUGUAGUUCCUUCUUUGUGAUUAUUUAAAGAAUUUGUUGAAAUCAUAAACAGUGAAAUGCAAUGAAUGAGGAGCCAUCUUUUGGAUGUCAA